GUGGGCAUGUGACUGGCCAGUGACGAAAAAUCGCGUCUGCCACUAGGUCAUCGCCAUUUCGGGAAAAAAGAAGUCGCGUUACGCGCCAACAGUUGCUUCUCCGCUGCCACUUUCGACGAUCUUCUGCUCGUUGAGUCUCAUGGAACCAGAAAUUCCUGCUAGUCUUGAGACUAUCAUUGAAGAGCAGAUCCAAGACAGAGACGAUAUUGCUGACAUUGGCCGAACACUCCAUGAAUGCCUCAAACUAGAUCUCGAUCUGAGCUUCUGCUUCCGCCUCUUGGAGAAGAUCAUAUAUCAUGCGGCCGACGCACAAGGAUUCUCAAAAGAUACAAUUCACGAAUACAGCUUGACGAUUUCCAAGCUUAUCAUCUAUAUUGCUGAUUCGGAUCCGAAACUCACGCGAAAAUUGCUCAACGAUUACGUGCAUUUGCUGAAAGAAUUGCUCAAUGCGGUGAACAGUGAUAUUUCGCAAGAUAUAAAAAAAUUGGAUAUGCAUAUUGAAUUGUCGAUGGGAUCAAAUUCGACCCUUGAUCUCUCCCAUCUUAAUCUGGAAAGCGAUAUUCAUGUUACACUUCGACUGCUGUCUAUUGUCAUACGCUCAUUAGCUUCCGUUGCAGAAACUACCUUCAUAUUAUUUGGUGAUGUGUUCCGACGGAACAGCUCGCUACUUCCCUAUAUGCUGGAUAUGAAAGUAUCUCCUGCGAAUCCCGUGUACUUGAUUUUGACAGAGUCGUGUAGUCAUCUCAUCAAGACCAUGAUCAUUCACCAACUCAUCGAUAUUCAGAACUGCCAUGCUGAAAAUAUCCUUGUUCGAUGGUUAUCGGACAUUGAUCAACUAUCUUCUUACCAACAGCAGCCAGAUGUCCGUGAUCUUCUGGAAGAGCUUACAUUAUCCCUGCACCUUUUUCUCGAAACAUUUCCGACAUUGGAUAUCAUCGAUCAUAUCGACAUCCUGAGCUCCAUUUACGAUACCCUUUUAAGCGACCCACAUCGCGCCCUCCCCCUUGAUUUUCAGGAAUGUAUGCUGAAGCUGGCUUCACUUCUUCUUCGCAAUCAUAUCAUCCCACCGCAUUUGAAAUCAUAUCUUGACCGUUUUGAUGAAAAUGAUGACCACCUACAAGUAUUGGCAAUACAUAUCCGUCAAUUACUCGACGCCGCGUCUUUGAAAGACGACCAGCUGAUGUUGCACAGCGUGUAUUCGAAUCCGGCCGAACUCGAUAAGCAUAUGUCGGAUGAAAACUCUCAAAGGGUUAGUGAUACACUGUUGGCUUUGGUUCCAGAAACGGUUCCGUCCAUCGGAGACGGUGAUAAUGGAAUAGUUGCCGUGAUAAAGCUAAAGACGAUUGCAAAAGUAACCCAAGUAAAGAUGACCGAACUGCUUCUUCCCUUUGAGCGCGAAUUGGCUCAGUUGGCUGUCUAUUAUUUGACAGUGGACCCUAUCAUUUUGCAAAACAUUGCUUCGCUAUAUGAUAUGAAAGUCCACAGCUAUCUCGCCUCGAAAAUGGGUUAUGUGCUACCCUACGCUCUGGCUGCUUCACAAGAUAAUGACGCCAUUGAAGAACUGGCCCGUGUAUUUGGUCUCACGCCAACCGCUCUGUGUGAUCAAGAGGGCUUUUACAUCUUUGUGGAUCUAUUCCUUAGCCAUGAUCAAAAUUACGCUGACAAUGGUUUUUCUCACAUCAAACGACUGUACAAUACACCCAACGCAAUCACAACAUUGCUAAAAAAGCAUAAAACCAAGGUAACUUCCUUGCUGGCGAUGGAGUUUGGCGAACCGUUCAAGAAAGAUAAAGUGCUUGAGGCGUUGCAGUCAGUGAUUGACCUUAUGCAACCGAAAGAACCGCUCACGCCUACACGACUUCUUUCCCGAUUUUUUCUUGCCAUCUUGGACAGAGUGGGCAAUUUCAUUACUGAGGAACGACUCGGUAGUCGCAAGACAAGUCAUCCUUACACACUAGACGCCUUGAUGGAAAUUAUGCGCAUUGUCGGACCUGACAUUCGCUCACAUGUAUUGCAGCUUAUGAGUAUUCUUCAUUCCGUGGGGGACUUACCGUCGCGGGUGGACGAGGCUCUGCGGCUAUGGUCAUUACUUAUCGAUAUUCUUCCUGCUGCCGAUCUUUUGAUCCAUAUGACGGCUAUCGUGAGCGGGCUUCUGGAUCUGUUUGCCUUGUGUGAUCGCACCAACAAGGAUCGAUUGGCUACAUUGUUGCGAGACCUUGUCCUGGAAAAAGUCGACCUGACCAGUUCGGUAUUGGAGCGACUGCCAAAAAUCCCUGAUGUGGAAGAACUAGCGCCGGUGAAAUCUUACAUUGACACGGCACGAGAAGAAGUCACUUUAGAUCAAGCGAUUCCGGCCAUUAUUCAGCAAGCUUAUCAGGGAGGGGCGUUGGAAACCCUCAGUGCUCUCGAACAGCUGCAUCAGCUUUUCAAGGACCAUGGCACGCUGAGUGAUACGGUCGCCAAAUAUCAAAGCGAAUUAUACUCCCUUUUGCUGGAAAUGUCGAGAAAACGCAUGGAAAACGACAAAAUUCGCAAGGUGGCCGCCUUAUGCCUUGGGCUCUUGGGCGCCCGAGAUCCUAGUUUACUCGACAUCCAUAUGGCCGAAACGAGCAUGAUCCUCCUUCAAAAUUUUACAGACAAGAACGAGAAUCGUGAUUUCAUUUGCAACCUGAUCAAACAUCAUUUGGUGCCUGCGUUUCAUGCAUCCUCGAACGAACUCGUCCAUCAGUGCCUUCAAUACACCUUGCAAGAGCUCUUGAAACAAGCCAAUUUUGUCAUCAUUCUCGAGGGCGCCUCCGUCAAUCCGAAUGUGCAACAUCACUGGAUGCAAUUUCCCGCUGCGGUUCAAACCAUGUUGACUCCCCUAUUGUCUUCAUCGUUCGAGUGCAAAUGGGAUUUCUCGGCUCCCGCUAGUCCGAUUUACCCUACGUGCCAGAGUUUUACGGAAUGGAUGACAAUUUGGUACAAUACACUCGUUGAACAAGCCCGUGGAGACGCGAAAUCGCUCUUUUCCGCUUGCAUCCCCAGCAUCAAAUCAGGGCAUCUAGGCCUCGCAAUUUACCUGCAACCUUACCUGGUGCUCCACGUCUUGCUCGCAGGAACUUCCAAACAGCGGGACAACAUCAUCAUGGAACUGAAAACCGUAUUGAAUACCAAUAGUCAAGCGUCUUCACGGUCGGAAAAUAUGGCCCAAGCCUCCUUUCAGGCAACCGUUCGUAUCACGGAACACUGUCGUAAAUGGAUUCAUCGACGUCGUGCAGCGACCCAGAAUUCGGUAUCAAAGAAAGAAAUUGCCCUUAUUCAGUCAUUUCUCAUGGAGAUCCCUAAUGAACUCAUGGCCAUGGCUUCGUUCCGUUCUCGAGCUUACGCCCAAGCAUUGAUGCAUUUGGAGACCUACGUGUCUGAAACCUUUCAAAAUCAGGACGAUAUCCCAUCCGCUAUUCUCAGAAACUUGCGGCAAAGUUACGCUCAACUUGAUGAUAAGGACGAUAUGCAGGCCAUUUUUGUCUUGCUUAAAGGGGAACUCACGCUUGAGGAGGAAAUCUUGCAGUUUCAAUCGUUGGGUUACCUGGACAAAGCCAAAGUGUGCUAUGAGGAAUUGUUAUCACGUCACCCCGACGAUUUAUCCAAGCAUACGGAUUACAUCAAUUGCUUACGUAUAAGUGACAACUUUGAGACGGUGUCGCUGAUGGUGAACCAUUACAUUGAAAGACGUCCGGAAUGGUUACCUCAACUCAAUGUGUAUCGAGCCGAAGCAGCAUGGAAAUUAGGCGAUUGGUCAGCUCUUGAACGAUACAGCCAAGUACCCAUGGGAAAGACGUUUGAAGCAUACUUGGCUAGCGCGCUGGCGAACUUGCGUAAGAAUCGAAUGCUGGCCUUCUUCUGUGAUCUUGAACAAGCCCGACAAGAACAACUGGAGUAUUUGUCGACAAGCAGCAUGGAAUCGUAUCAGAAAUCACUCGAACACAUCUUGCAACUGCAAAUCUUGCAGGAACUGGAAGACAGUCAAGUCGCUUGGGAACGUAGCCUUCGUGUCCAAGACAAGCAACCUAUGCGGGAUCUAUGCAGUAACUGGGAUCGACAAAUCUCAUUGGCCCCACCGUCUUAUGCUCUCCAGAAAAACAUCUUUAAACUUCGGCAAACCGUUUUAUUUUCCCUGAGGCCCAGCCAUGCCACUUUAAAUGGAAAUACGUUGGAUCUUUCGGUGGAUGGCGGUAGUUUCUGGUUGCUGAAAGCCAGGAAAGCGCGCAAAUCAGGUGAUAUGCCCGACGCUUUGCAUGCUUUGCUCAAAGCAGAAGCCCUGGAUACCCCCGAAGCCUACCUUGAAAGAGCGAGGUGGUACUGGGCCAACGAUGAAUGCAUCAAGGCACUAGCUGUUCUUCAAAAUCGACGCGAUUUAACGCCGCAGGCCAUGUUAUUGAAAGCCAAGUAUUCCGAAGAACUGAUGGUAGAACAGAAAAUAGUGCAUACCAUAUUUCGCGAGGUGACCAAGCGCAAUCCUACCUGGGAAAAGGCCUUUUUUAGACUUGGAAAAUUCUUUGACAAUGCAAUGGCAAAAAGCAAUGAUUCUCCCCAAAAGAAAAUCGUCGGCUAUUCCUCGCACAUUGUUGGGUUCUAUGUGCGAGCGCUAAAAAUGGGCUCCAAGUACUAUUACUAUACUAUGCCAAGAUUGAUCACCGUCUGGUUUCAGGUAGCUGAUUUAAUGGAUAAAUAUAUGGCAGCAAAAUCCUCGUCUCCCAACUUGGAGAAAACAUACAACAAUGUCAACAAAAUGAUGGAGCAAUAUUCGCAACAAAUUCCGCUCUACCAGUUUAUCAGCGUUUUACCUCGCCUUAUAUCCCGAUUGGUGAAAGAAAACGAAACGAUCGCCGCCAUCAUUCGCGACAUCAUUAUCCGAGUAUUCAAUGCGUAUCCGCAAACGACGGUGUGGGCUUUGCAGGGUCCUUAUGAUUCCGCCAAUAUGCUGUUACAGAAGCGGUGUCGAGAAAUUUUGGCUCGUAUAGAGGCCAAGAAGCCAGAGACAUCACCCAUCAAAAAAAUAAUCAGGCAUGCUCAACAAUUUACAGCUGCACUUAAAGAGCUCGCUCGUGAGCCGUUUGAGGAUAAUGUACGAGAAGUAGAGCUUUCUGCGUUUCCUGGCAUUUCCAAGAUACGCAAUUUGGCUAUAUCUGUCCCCAUUGAGAAGACGUUGAUUCCAUCAUUGCCUGAACAUUCAUCAAGCGGCCAUAUGCCGUUUCCCGAUGACCUUCCUACCGUUGCCGGAUUUGGGAAAUAUGUGCAAGUGAUGCAUUCGUUGCAAAAGCCCAAGACGAUCACCAUUUUGGGCAGUGAUGGCAAGCGGUACAAAUUUCUAUGCAAAAGAAAUGAUGAUCUCCGACGUGAUGCACGUGUGAUGGAAUUCUGUACCAUGAUCAACAAGUUCUUGAAGCAUGAUACGGAAGCCAGACAGAAGGAGCUCUAUAUCCGAACCUAUGCCAUUAUCCCGCUCGGUGAAAGAUGGGGUCUAUUGCAAUGGAUUGAAAAUCUUCAGACUCUGAAAUCGAUUGUGUGCACUUACUGGCAAAAGCAAGGACUUGAUCCAAAGUUGAUAUUUGGCAUUGCCAAGACAGGACUGACCAGCAAAAAUGUGAAUGAGCUCGAUGCAGCUUUCAGACGGGAUAUUUUGCCAAGGUCGCCUCCUGUGUUUUAUAAAUGGUUUGUUGAAAAUUUUCCUGAACCAUCCGAAUGGCUUGCAAGUCGCAAAAGGUACACGAAAACGUUGGCUGUCAUGUCCAUUCUGGGAUAUAUCCUCGGACUAGGUGACCGUCAUGCAGAGAAUAUUUUGUUCGAUACGAGCAACGGCGACUGUGUUCAUGUGGACGUCAAUAUGCUGUUUGAAAAGGGCGUUAAAUUGGCAGUGCCUGAAAUCGUCCCUUUUCGAUUGACACAUAACAUGACCCACGCCAUGGGCACGGUUCGCACCAACGGAAAUUUCCGACGAUCGUUUGAACUGACGCUUCAAGUGCUUCGAGCGAAUAAAACGCAACUGAUGAGUGUAUUCGAAACACUGAUUUACGAUCAUGUCAACGAAGUAUCACCUAGAGGUGAUAUAUCAUCCAAUGAUAUUUCUUCUCAAGUGGCCAAGAUGGAGGCUAAGAUUGAUUCUGGUCUCGGUAUCAAAGAGCAAGCUCAGAAACUCAUUGACGAAGCCAGCAGUCCUCGCAACUUGUGCCGCAUGUAUAUAGGAUGGGCACCCUUCAUUUAAACUAUUAGCUUAAUUUAUUUUCGGCCUUCAUUCUGGUUCAUUUCUCUUGCAUUGUAUUAUACUCGCCAUCCUAAAAUCGAAUUUUCUAAUGCAUAUCAACGCGCAUCAUAAUCACCAUCAUCGUAUCAUUAUGACUAUUGAGGUUAUUCGGAUAAAAUCGUCUAUCAUAUCAAAUAAAUGCCUUGGUUCAACGAC